GCUGAGUUCUCUCGGUCUCCUUUUGCCUGCGGAGAAGUGCCGUGUCGGAGCUUUCUUCCCUCACUUCUGGCUCCCCGGGCGGAUGCAUGAUUAAAAAAAAAAAAAAAAAAAAAAAGCCCAUCCAAGCCAACGCCAGCGGUGUGCUUGGGCAAACCACCAAAGCGCUGGUUAAUUUAUGGGAAUUUAACCCAUCAUUGGCUCUCAACAAUAACCCAAGGAGAUCAUAGCACUUCGUUGAAGCCAGAGAGCUGAAACAGCAAGUUUGUGUAGUUAAUGAGCCUUGUUUAACAGUGGAGGCUCACGUGUUUGAACAUUUACUGCCAACUAGAGUUUUGCCCCUUUUGCAAGACACUGAUGCCAGCUUCCUACUACUCACAGGCUUGCUACUUCAAGACUAGUAGGCUUUUUAUAAGACACGAGAAUGAUACAUCACAAGAUAGUCAAGUUUAUCCGAGAAGUAACACCGUAUAUCAAGAAGCCAUCCCUAGUAUCAGAUCUUCCAUGGGAAGGUGCAGCUCCCCAGUCACCAAGCUUUAGUGGCAGUGAGGACUCCGGUUCUCCAAAACACCAAAACAGCACCAAGGACAGGAAGAUCAUCCCUCUCAAAAUGUGCUUUGCUGCUAGAAACCUAAGCAUGCCGGAUCUGGAAAACAGAUUGAUAGAGCUCCAUUCUCCUGAUAGCAGGAACACAUUGAUCCUCCGCUGCAAGGAUACAGCCACAGCACACUCCUGGUUCGUAGCUAUCCACACCAACAUAAUGGCUCUCCUCCCACAGGUACUGGCUGAACUUAAUGCCAUGCUUGGUGCAACCAGUACAGCGGGAGGCAGCAAGGAAGUCAAGCACAUUGCCUGGCUGGCAGAACAGGCAAAACUAGAUGGUGGGAGACAGCAGUGGAGACCUGUCCUCAUGGCUGUGACGGAGAAAGAUUUGCUGCUUUAUGACUGCAUGCCGUGGACAAGAGAUGCCUGGGCGUCACCGUGUCAUAGCUAUCCUCUUGUUGCCACAAGGUUGGUUCAUUCUGGCUCUGGAUGUCGAUCGCCCUCCCUUGGAUCUGACCUCACAUUUGCUACCCGGACGGGCUCUCGGCAGGGCAUUGAGAUGCAUCUUUUCAGGGUGGAGACGCAUCGGGAUCUGUCAACCUGGACCAGGAUACUAGUGCAGGGUUGCCAUGCUGCUGCUGAGCUGAUCAAGGAAGUCUCUCUAGGCUGCACAUUAAAUGGCCAAGAGGUAAAAUUCACCGUGCAUUAUGAAAAUGGGUUCACUAUCUCCAGGGAAAACGGAGGUUCCAGUGCCGUGCUGUUCCGCUACCCCUUUGAAAGGCUGAAAAUGUCUGCUGAUGAUGGCAUCAGAAAUCUCUAUCUGGAUUUUGGUGGUCCUGAGGGAGAACUGACCAUGGACCUGCACUCUUGUCCGAAGCCGAUUGUAUUUGUGUUGCAUACGUUCUUGUCAGCAAAAGUCACUCGAAUGGGACUGCUGGUUUGAGCAGCAGAAAGUCAGAAAAGAGCCUUGACUGUCACCAGAAGUAUUUUCACCUCAAAAAAAAGAAGAAAAAAAAGCACAAAAGAAAGCUCUUUGCUCUCUCUCCUCCAGUACAGUGCCUUCCCACAGACCUGCAAAUCACUGCUGAACCGUAACUGGGUUUAAAGAAGAGGCUGCCUUGGCCAGAAAUUCUGGGACUUUAUUGAGCUCCAAAAUGAAGCUGUGGAUUUAUUGUCUCAUUUCCUAAUGUGGUUUAUAAGUAAUUAGGUUUAUUCCCCCGUUAGAAAUGGUGGCUUUUUGUUUUCUGUUUCUUUGCUUCGGGGCUUUUUUUGGACAUAGUCAAAUAGCCAGCCAGGAGCUGUUUUCUUUCUCUUAUUCCUGUAGGACUUGUGUCAGGCUUGGCCUUGACUUCUUACUUCCGGUGGCUCUCCCUUCCCAGGUGCUACUGUGCAGCAGCCUGUUGCUUCGUGCUCAUCCCAGAUAGGCUGAUGCUUCGUUAGAGUUCACUGUCUUCAUCGUCUCCUCCCACCUGGGAAGCCCUUGAGUUGCAUCACCAGAAGGUUCCUCCCUCCGUCCCGCCUCUCGCUGCGGCCCGUCUGCCCUUCACCGCUUUGUCCAUCCCUAGCUUUGCAGUGCAUAAGUGCUAACUGUAGGACUCAGAAACUGCAAAGCUUGAUCCACCUUGCUCCUCCUUUUCUGGUGGCGCCCAAGUUGAAAUGCAGUUUGGUAAAAGGCGAAAGAUUUAUACCAUCUGAAGAGAAAACAUAGUAUUGAAAUGCAGUUUGGAAAUGACUCCAUAGCAAGGAAAGUUUUGCUUCUUUUAAACUUUUCUGAUUUUAACAUUGGUAGGAGCCAGGGUAUAAGAUUUAUUUUAAAAGAAAAUCCUCACGUUAAGCUAAGCCAUCUUUUAUUGCUUACCAAAUGUGCCUUUGGUUAGGAUUAGUGGAGCUCGAAUCAGUCAGUUUGAGUAGCUGAGUGUCACUACCAUUCCAGGGAUAUCAUCCUUCCUAGUUUCACGUAGUCUCUGGGUGGGUUUCCGUAUGGCAUCUUCUUAGUGGCCAGAUCCCUUUGAGGAAGGUGAGCCUCAAGAGCCACCCUGUUUAAAGAGCAGGCUUUUUGGGUGAACCCAGCUACUCAGCACAGCACCAUAUCAAGUUGCUUUGGCUGUGUGAGCCCAUGUAGGAUUCUGGCCCUGGCCUUCCUCCUUUUUUAGUGGCAGGGUACACUGGACGAGCAGCUGCCAGCUCAAGACUCCGUGUUGGCUUCGUGAGGAGUCCUGCAGCGUGCAGGGGGAUGAGCUCACAGCAUGGCUACCUUUUUGUUAGCCCUAGCCAGGUGUCAUGGACACAGCAGCAGGAAGAAUGCUGAUUUUGUGAUCUUGGAGAGACAUACUCACCUUGUUUUUCCUAAUUUUAAAGGUGGUAUGUAUCUUUGAAAACAUUUAAAAUAGUAUUAUAUCUAUAUAAAAUGUCCAAAUUAGCGUGGUCCCUGGAUCUGAAAGAAAAGGCAAUAUUGACUUUGAUGUUCUAUAUGCUGUCUAAAGAGUGGCACAGAAGUAAUGCUUGUUUUCUAGAGCUGCCAGGAGUCCCACGGGAAAAUGAGCACAGCAGAGGCGGUAGCACUGCAAGUGGGCAGGGGAAACACAACCGCAUACACAGACCCUGGGACAUUUGGUCGAGCGCAGACCCUGGACAGGUGGAGUGUGAAGGAGCAGGCACCCAAGCAGACAGCGUAGCCGCAGAGUUCUCCCUCUGCCCAUCCGCUAGGCCUUCUCCCCCCUGAAGUGAGACGAACGGUAUGCAGGGGCUGGGGAGAGACGUCUGUCCUUCCUCCAGCUUCAAAUAAGUGUUAAAACUCCAAAAAUGAAUGAACUGAUCCACUUGAAAGUGGAAAUUAAAAUCUAGACAAGAAUAUCUUUUCAGGAGCUUUUCAUGUUUUGAAAAUGAGUAAACCUAGCUGGGCAUAGUGGAGCGCGCCUGUAACCCAGCUGCUCGGGGCCUGAGGUGGGAGGAUGUCAAGUUUGAGGCCAGCCCACGCAACUUAGUGAGACCCCCAUCUCAGAAAAAAAUAAACCUGAAACUCAAAAACCUCACAUUGGUUCCACCUGAGAUACAUUUGUAGUUUGAGGGGGAAAAGUGUUCUGAAGGUCCAGCUCUGACUUCUGGAAGCGAAAUUUCAACAAAUAUUAACCUCAUAAGAGAAUUUAGACUUCUUUUUUUUUUUGUCUUUUUGAGACAGGAUCUCGCUAU